AUGGAUGAAAUGAUUGCCGAAAAUAAUCGUCUGAUCCGUGACUUAAUGUUCGCGAAGAAAGCGAUCAAAAGUCUGGAGAAUAUCACGACUUUUGCCAUUGAGUUGACACAAGAAGUGGACUGCGAUUGCAAGCUAUCGACGGUUCAGCGGAUCCGCGCAGACAUCCAGACACACCUCACGAGUUACGAGUCAUUCAAACAACAGAUUACCGCCGAUGACAGCACUCGCAAGACAUCGAUGGCCAUGACUGAUGACAAUGCUAUCACUGACUUGAUCUCUGAUCAAGACGUUAAGCCAAAGACCACUGAAAUAACCAGAGUUUGCCAUCACUGCCAACAAAUUAUCUAUAAUGACUGUACGGAUCAGAUCGCUGAAGACACGAGUUAUGAGAGUUUCAUCAAUGACUCGAUGCUUAAGACACGGAUUAAAGCGAAAGACAGGUCUAAGAAGUCGAUGGCGAACACGAAGACAGUGGAGGGAUAUUGUCUGAUGACAGCGCUUCCGAUGCCACUCAAGUGCUUCGGUUGCGACCAUCUGUUCACCAAAUGUGAGGACUUCUUGAAUCACAUCAAUAGAGGGAAUGUCACCAAAAGUUACGUGAACAAAUCGACGGAAACGACAGAAAACUCCGAGAAUAAGACACCCAUAGACAGGAAAUCGCCUAAAAUCCCGAUCUACCCGUGCGUUGAGGGCUACCGGUGCGGCUAUAAAGGCUGCAAAUACACGACAACCAACAGAAAACAUGUCGUGUUUCACUUCACGGCACACAAAACAUACCGUCCCUACCGGUGCACCGCCAACGGGUGUCGGCAAUGGUUCAAAACGGACGCCCACUUACGUAGCCAUCAGAUUGUGGUCCAUCCGGAGGAGUUCCCCCACAAGAAGUGGUUCACGUGUUCGGUGACUGACUGUCAGUACAAAACCAAAGUCCACUCGAGUCUCACGAAACACAUGCGCAGCCAUACGGAUACCGGUGUGCGAUACCAGUGCGACGAAUGCGGCAAAAGUUACGCCCGACAGCGCACGCUCGACGAGCACCGGAGUGUCGUGCAUACUGGUGUCGUGGAGUACCGGUGCCAGCACUGCGACAAGACCUACAACUGUCUGUCGGCGCUUAAGACUCAUGUGAAGCAAACGCAUUAUAAGGUAUUUGUUUGCGAUUUCAACGGUUGCGACAAACAGUUUGUGGCGGAAAUGGAGCUCAGGGCUCACGUACUCCUUGUCCACGACUCGGGUCUCGAGAGUAACGUCGAUGAGGUUAUGGAGCAGACGUUUGACGACAGUUCCGCUCAGUACUCGCCAACUCAACAGUUGUUUGAGUCGAAAACAACUGAUAUCCCGAUCUACCCGUGCGGUGAGGGCUACCGGUGCGGCUACGAGGGCUGUGCGUACACCGCAAAACGCGAGCGACUAAUCGCCAAACACUCAGUCGUGCAUAGGAGCGACCGUCCCUUCCGGUGCCGACUCAACGACUGUAACCAGCGGUUCAAAACGGAAGCCCUACUGAACAGCCAUCAGAUUAACGUACACCCGGAGGAGUUUCCCGACCGCCUGUGGCUCACGUGUCCGACACCAGGAUGCGAGUACCGCACGAAAGGCAACUCCAAUAUCACGAAACACAUACGCACUCACACUCACCGAUACGGGUGCGACGAGUGCGACAAGACGUACGCCACGAAACUGUCGCUUAUGGACCAUAAAAGGUCAGUACAUCCCGGCCCGGACGGCACCGUUAAAGUCUACGGGUGCGAGAUGUGCGACAAGACGUACCCCAUUCUGCGUAAACUACGGGCACACAUACAACAGUCCCAUAACCGGGUGUUUGUCUGCGACUUUCAAGGCUGUGAUAAACAGUUCGGAGUACAGAGUCAUCUACUCCUCCAUCGACAGCGAGUCCACGAUAAGAGUUACGUCCGACCCGUGGCCUGCAUUUGGAAGGGCUGUGAGCAGAGGUUUGACUGUAACAGCAAAAUGAAGGAACAUCUCAACAAACAUACCGGCGCUAAGCCUUUCGACUGCAAACACUGUGACCAACAGUUCGCGACAACGGGCGACCGGUCGGCCCAUAUGUCUAAUCAGCAUAAGGACCGGCCGUUUGCCUGCGAGUGGCCCGACUGUCAGUAUAGGGCGGCGUUCAUGAGUCGACUGCGCACUCAUAUGAAGAAACAUCGGAUCAAAUGA